AUGAGGGGCGACGCCGGUUCUGCUCUGCGUUAUUCAGUGCUUUACUCCAUGCUUGAUUGGAUGCGGUCCAGGGCACUAUGUCACUAUUCAUGUAUCCAUGUUUCGGUUAGCACCCUGCAUAGAUUCGGCGUCUAUGUGUGUUCCAACCAGAAGGAGGAGACUUGCUGCCAGCAGUACUGUUCCAAAGCUAAAAAUACCGCAACGGUUAAGAAGGAGACUGAUUGGGGGAUCCUUAUAUGGAAAAAUCUCGCAAGCGCCAAUGGCAGGACAUCAAUCCAUAAAGUCGCUGUUUGCCUACACUGCUGGUCGAUGGCUACACCUUACAACCUGCAGCGUGAAGCGCGUGCAAUGCCAUUCUAA